CGCUCCCCAGCAAAGUGCAACUUGUAUCGAAUCGUUCUGAGCCGAAAAAAUGCAAAUUAUUAAUUAAAAUUGAAACGAGUCGUGCAGCAAAACAUAAAAACGCAAUCGCCUCAAUAUACACCAACGCAGCCAACGUUUUGGGACAAGUAAUAGUGCCCCGAGAGUUCCUAAAAUUGCAGCAAGAAAAAGGAGUUGUACGAAGCGGCGGCAGAAAAGAAAAAAUUUGUGUCUCUACUCCUUGAAAAGGAGUUGUGCGCUGCUCUGUGUAUAUAUGUGUGUGUGUGUUUGUUUCUGUGCGUCUCUGUUUGUGUAGCCGUGGCCCGCCUUUGUUUUUAAGUAAAUUCAAAUGAAAUUAAAAAGCGUGUUCUGUUUUUUAUGCUUUUUAAUUAAAACGACAAACAAGAAGUAAAAGCUGAAAGUUGUCAGUAGACUGCAAAAUAAAAACCUAGAAAAUUAAACGCCGAAUCGCACGCACUACUUUUUUAUUGCCGCUUGUCACCCGCGCGACGCGGCCGUGUUUUUGUGUCUGUCUGCAUGUGUGUGUGUGUGCGUCACUGCCACAAUCACAGAAAGGGAGUACUAGCAGCAGUAGUGGCGGCGGGGAAGAGAACAUCGAAAACCAGCAAUUGUUCACAGUGGAAUUUUUAACCAAAAUGAUGUGAUCUCAUAAUUGUUUUAAGAACCAUCAAUAUCCAACAGCCACUUAGCACAGCCACACACACAGGGCCAUACUUUAAGGUGUUAUUUUUGGACUCAAAGCAUUCAGAAACGCAUUUGUUUUGCCGCAACAUAAAACGAGGAGCCUGCCAAAAACCCAACGUUUGAUAGCGCAGUGGCAGCGCUGCCCAAAAUUUAACGGUGAACUCUCACACGUGGCGGAUACCGCAGCAACCACGCCAACAACAAACACAACAAAUCAAAAUGACUGAGCAAAGCAUAAUCGGCGCCCGCGCCUCCGUUAUGGUGUACGAUGAUAACCAGAAGAAAUGGGUGCCUUCGGGCUCAUCAUCCGGCCUCAGCAAGGUGCAAAUCUAUCACCAUCAGCAGAACAACACAUUUCGUGUGGUCGGACGCAAACUGCAGGAUCACGAGGUGGUCAUCAAUUGCUCGAUACUCAAGGGUCUCAAAUACAAUCAGGCCACGGCCACGUUUCAUCAAUGGCGUGACUCCAAGUUUGUCUACGGCCUCAAUUUUUCCAGUCAGAACGAUGCGGAGGCAUUUGCACGCGCCAUGAUGCAUGCGCUCGAGGUGCUCAGCGGUCGCGUCGUCAACAAUCCGGCCGGUCCACCCACAAAUGGCAAUGGCUACGAGGAGGAUAUGGGCUAUCGUACAAUGACCAGCGAGGAUGCUGCCAUAUUGCGACAGAAUAACACAAUUAGUGGGCAUAUAACGCCAUCGGCCCAGACCCCCACAUCGCAGACAAAUCAAAACAAUAUACCCCAAAGUCCACCAACGCCGCAGGGGCAUCAUCGCACGAGCAGGAAUUCCCUCAGCGCACCACCGGCGCCGCAACCACAGCAGCAGCAGCAGCAGCAACAACAACAACAACAACAACAACAACAACAGCAGCAGCAACAGGCGCCACAGCCGCCCCCACAUUAUGGGCCAACGGGAAACGGGCCCACGUCCAAUGGUCUGCCGGCGCAGGUCAAUCCACAAAUGCCACCAGCGCCUGGCCAGACGCAACAGCAGCAAUACCAACAACAACAACAGCAGCAGCAGCAGCAACAACAACAGAAUGCAGCCAUCUAUGUGGCCCAACAGCAGUUGGCACAGGCUGGCUAUGCGCCCACACAGUACCAGCAGCAACACUACGUGCUCUCAAAUUCUAAUCCAAAUCUCAAUAUGCAUCAAUACCCACCACAGCAGUUGAGUGGCGCGCCGCAGCCACCUAUGCCACCGCCACAUCAAAAUGGCGGCCCUGGCGGACCCAUCUAUGUGGCGUCACAGGCAGCGCAUCUCGGCGGCGGCAUUCCAAGCUCGGCGAGCGCCAACAGCGUGGUCUACGCUAGUCAACAACAAAUGGGUGGUGCACCACAAGCACCGCAGCCACCGGCAAUGCCCGGCAACGCAUAUGGGCAACACAAUGGCCAGCCGCAGGCGGAGAAUCCUUACGGUCAGGUGCCCAUGGCACCGCCCAUGAUGCAACAGCAGCAGCCGGGCGGUGGUGCGCCUAUGCCGCCACCACUGAAUCGCAUGAGCAGCACGGGUGGUGGUGGUGGUCCAAAUGCGGCACCAGCACCACCACCACCGCCGCCAACAUUUGGUGGUGCACCACCGGCACCACCGCAAUUGUUUAAUGGUGCUCCACCGCCGCCACAACCACCAGCGCCACCCGCGCCUCCUGCUUUGGGCGGCCCAGGUGCUCCACCACCACCGCCACCUCCACCGGGUCUUGGCGCCGGUGGUGCACCGAAAAAGGAUGAUCCACAGGCUGAUUUAAUGGGAUCGCUGGCCUCACAGCUCCAGCAGUUCAAGCUCAAGAAAAAUAAGACCCCCAACGCCGCUCCCGAGAAUAGCGGCAGCAGCACUUCAAGUGGCGGCUGCGGCAACUAUGGCACCAUUGGACGCAGCUCCAAUGGCAUGGCCUCAAUGAUGGAUGAAAUGGCCAAGACUCUGGCAAGACGUCGCGCCCAGGCGGAGAAAAAAGAACCUGAACCAGAGCCCGAGGUGAAGCAACGUCCCUGGGAGAAGUCCAACACUCUGCCCCACAAACUGAGCGGUGGCAGUGGCUCGAGCAACGCCCACAGCGCCAAUGGAAACGGCAGCGCCGGUAGCAGCAAUACAACGAACAGCGGUGGGGAGUCCCCGCGACCCAUCCGCAAGCGUUUUGGCAGCGCCAGCGAGGAAACAAUUCUGAAGCAGGUCAACGGCGAUGGCCUGUCCCUGGCGUUAUCCAACAGCGACUUGGACACACUAAAGGCUGAGAUUGUGCGCGAAAUGCGCCUGGAAAUUCAGAAAGUCAAACAGGAAAUUAUAGACGCUAUCAAAUCGGAGUUCAAUCGCAGAUAGAUCAAAAUAUAGUCUAAGCAUUACUAGCAGCCAACUCACUGUCAACAGCUACAGCAAUAGCAACAACAACAACAACAACAAAGUCAACGUCAACAACAAUAACAACAACCAAUUCAGAAACUCUAGCACUGUCCCAAAUGAACGCCUGAUUUUUUUUAAAAUAUGUAUAUGCGAUGUGUAUGUGGGCGUGGGCGUGGCACUGCAUAAAACAAACGAACUGAGCA